GCUUUCAGGAUCCAAGUCACCUCGCCAGUAUGUCUCAGGCUGAAUUUGACAAAGCUGCUGAGGAGGUGAAGCAACUCAAGACCCAGCCAACGGACGAAGAGACGCUGUUCAAACCAGCCACCGUGGGCGAUGUAAACACAGAGCAGCCUAGGCUGUUGGACCUCAAAGGCAAGGCCAAGUGGGAUUCGUGGAAUAAGCUAAAAGGGACUUCCAAGAAAAGUGCCAUGAAAGCCUAUGUGGAAAAAGUAGAAGAGCUAAAGAAGAAAUACGGAAUAUAAAAGACCGGAUUUGGCUGCCAGCCACACAUGUGACCUGAG